AUGGCGUUUCCUUGCAUUCCUAUCCUUCUACUGGCUGCCUUAUUACCAGCGGAACCUGCAGCAGGUUCCGCGUCGGGCCAUAGCUAUGCCAGUGACUCUGCUGCUCUGCUUGCUUUCAAAGCGCAGGUAGCAGAUCCUCUCGGUAUCCUUGGCAGCAAUUGGACUUCGGACUCCUCGUUCUGCCACUGGAUUGGUGUCUCAUGCAGUCGGCGUCGGCAGCGUGUCGCUGCCUUGGCACUGCCCAACCUUCCCCUUCAAGGAGAGAUUUCUCCUCAUCUUGGUAAUCUCUCUUUUGUUUCUGUCCUUAACCUUACAAACACAAGCCUCAUCGGUUCCAUCCCAGGUGAUCUCGGUAGAUUGCAACGUCUAAAAGUUCUUUCUCUUGGCCAUAAUAGCCUUUCAAGCACUGUGCCGUCUACUAUAGGAAAUCUCACUGGACUCGAAGUUCUUAGUUUAAGGUACAACAAGCUUUCUGGGCAUAUCCCACCAGAGCUGGGAAAUUUGUCUAAUCUUAGGCUGAUAGAUUUGCUGCACAAUCUGUUAACUGGUCCAGUGCCAAAGAACAUGUUUAACAACACUACCCGCUUAAUUUACAUAAACUUUGGGAACAACAGUCUAUCAGGACCGAUACCCAGUGUUAUUGGCUCAUUGCGCAUGCUUGAAUACCUUGUAUUGAGCCGAAACCAGUUAUCAGGACCAGUAGCACCAUCCAUCUUCAACAUGUCCAGAAUACAAGAUUUAGAUCUUGGUGGCAACAAUCUUACUGGAUCAAUUCCUAGCAAUAAAAGCUUUAGUCUCCCCCUGUUGCGAUUCCUGUCCCUCUAUGACAAUAAUUUCACUGGUCCAAUCCCAUAUGGACUCAUAACAUCCCCCUACCUCCAACAACUUUAUCUCUCUUAUAAUUCCUUUGUAGAUGUUGUGCCACCAUGGUUGGCCAAGUUGCCAAACCUUGCCAUUCUUUCAUUGGCUUCUAAUCCUCUUAGUGGGACGAUUCCACCUGUGCUCUGCAACCUUACCACACUGAUCGAAAUGGAAUUGGCAUAUUGUAAUCUAACUGGAGAGAUUCCAUCAGAGUUGGGGGAAAUGAAAGAGCUCUCAAGGAUACAUCUAUCAAGAAAUCAAUUGACUGGUUUUAUCCCUGCUUCAGUUGGCAACUUAUCAAAAUUAUCUUUUUUAGUAUUCCAUGAUAAUCUAUUAAGCGGAACAGUACCGUUAACAAUUGGCAACAUCGGAUCUCUUAACAUUCUCAGUCUUGGAUGGAACCUCCUUGAAGGUGAGCUUGACUUUUUCACCACUCUUUCUAACUGUAAACAACUCCAGUUCAUUGACAUAUCUAAUUGUUAUUUCACUAGCAAUCUUCCAUACUACAUCGGUAACCUCUCUAUACAACUAACGAUUCUCAUAGCAUAUGAAAACAAGUUAACAGGAAGCCUUCCUGCUACUAUAUCCAAUCUUAGUGCUCUCAACUCCAUAUAUCUUUCACAUAACCAGCUUAGUGGGAUAAUCCCAGAAUCAAUUACAACACUGGGGAAUCUCCAGUUCCUUGACCUUGGCAUUAACAAGAUCACUGGACCAAUCCCAACACAAAUUGCAAUGCUAGGGAACCUAGAACGAUUUUUUCUUGACCAAAAUAAGCUUUCUGGUUCUAUUCCAGACGGCAUUGGCAACCUUAGCGGGUUAGAGUACUUUUAUGUGUCUAGUAACCAAUUAUCUUCAACAAUACCACCAAUCAUAUUCCAAUUCAACCAACUUAUCGAACUUAACCUAUCCCACAACUACUUAACUGGUGUGUUGCCAUCUGAUAUUAGCAAUUUGGUAGACAUUGACUUAAUGGAUAUCUCUUCUAAUCACUUGUUUGCUAGCCUUCCCAAUUCAUCAGGACCUCUUCAAAUGACCUACUUGAAUCUGUCAUAUAACAUGUUCAAUGGCUCAAUUCCUGACUCUUUUAAGAUGCUAUCAAGUAUAGUCACACUUGACCUGUCCUGGAACCAUUUGUCUGGUGACAUUCCAAGGUACUUAGCAAAUCUUACCUACCUCAAAAACCUUAACCUCUCAUACAAUAAUCUGCAAGGUCAGAUACCAGAGGGUGGUGUUUUCACAAACAUUACUCUGCAGUCUUUGAUGGGCAACUCUGGGCUGUGUGGUGAUUCUCGUUUAGGAUUUUCACCUUGUCCAGGAAAUUCUUACUCAGCUCAUUCACACAUCCUUAAGUUCAUACUCCCUGCAACUGCAACUGCAACUGUGGCACUAUGUCUUAUAGCUAUUUGCUUAUACCUGAUGAUCACAAAGAAAAAAUCAAAGCAGAGGGAGGUAAUGGGUUCUGCCAGGAUGGUUGAUGCUAUUGGCCAUGAUAUAAUCUCCUACCAUGAUAUUGUGCGAGCUACUGGUAAUUUCAGUGAGGAAAAUUUGGUGGGAUCUGGAAGCUUUGGUAAAGUUUACAUGGCCCAACUGGGUGACAAUUUGGCUGUUGCAAUAAAAGUUCUGAAUAUGCAGCUUCAGCAGGCUGUGAGGAGUUUCGAUGCUGAAUGCCAAGUAUUGCGCAUGGCUCGGCACCGCAACCUGAUAAGAAUUAUUAACACCUGUUCCAACCUAGACUUUAGAGCACUGGUACUUGAGUACAUGCCUAAUGGUAGCUUGCAGGCACACCUGCACAGUGAAGGCACGCCACACCUUGGGUUCCUUAAGAGAUUAGACAUCAUGCUAGAUGUGUCGAUGGCAAUGGAGUAUCUGCACCAUGAGCACUAUGAGGUAGUCCUACACUGUGACUUGAAGCCUAGCAAUGUGCUAUUUGACGAAGAAAUGACAGCACAUGUUGCAGACUUUGGUAUUGCAAAACUGCUCCUAGGUGAGGAGAGCUCCAUGAUUUCAGCAAGCAUGCCUGGAACAAUAGGAUACAUGGCACCAGAAUAUGGCUCCAUGGGUAAAGCCUCAAGGAAGAGUGAUGUAUUCAGCUUCGGUAUCAUGUUACUGGAAGUCUUCACCGGAAAGAUGCCAACUGAUUCAAUGUUCGCUGGAGAACGAAGCCUUCGGGAGUGGGUUCAUCGAGCAUUUCCAUCGAGGCUUGUUGAGCUCCUGGACGCUGAACUUGUACAAGAUAUUGAAGAAAAUUGUGGCUUUAUCCGUAACCAUGGUAACAAUCCCUCAGAGUCUCCUAGCAGUCUAAUUGACCUUGUCCCAAUAUUCGAGUUGGGUCUGCUGUGCUCAAGAGAUGCACCUGAUGAAAGGUUGACAAUGAAGGAUGUGGUUGUGAAGUUGAAGAGAAGAAGGACUAUGUUGAUUCUGCGGGAGGAGGAGAAGGAUAUAACACACGAGACACAAAUGUAUACUGACUUCGGUAUGAGAUGUUGGGGGACGCCCUUGGAACACUGCCCCAUCCUUACCCUCAUCCGAGAACCGAGCCCUCAACCUGUUCCCCCCCCCCACAACAGCCUAGGAGGUGGCCCUUGUGGCGCCACCCGUCGUGGCCUGGACUCUGCCCCCGGCGGAACCCUUGCUAACUUGCUCAACCAUGGAUGCCAUGGGCGAGGACGCCUCGCUAACUCCCUGAGCGAAGAAUUUAUUACUGCCCCCAUUUUACUCCAGAUCAUGCUCAUUGAUCAGAUCAAGCUAUGGAUGGAAGAAGGGCGACUACUCGACCUAGUAGAUCGCAAUCUAGGUGGCGUCUACAACCUUGAAGAGCUGGAGAAGGUUACCCAGAUAGCACUUCUCUGCACCCACAUGGAACCUAAUCAACGCCCUACAAUGUCAGAGGUCGUGCAGAUGCCGGAAGGAGAGAUUGUCCCAGCAGAGCUGUGGGAGGAAUGGCAGCUGGCUGAGCUCAAACGACGACAACAGUAUGAGAUAAGGCAACAGGGCAAACUAUUCAAAUACAGUGAAGAGUCUGAGUCUCCAAACAUCCAGGAAGCCAUUGAGCUCUCAACUGGCAGAUGA